AUGGAUGGGGAGGAGUGUUUUGUGGCUUUGGUGCAUUGCUCUGGAAAAAAAAAAAAUAAAAGGCACGGGGUUAAAUUUACACACAGGGAACCCCUUAGUGUUUUUAUUCGGUUGUCGAGUACGUUGGCAGAGAUAAAACAGAGCAUAUUACAGAAGUUUGGUGUGUGCAGGACCAAGUGGAUUAAAAAAUUGUUCUACAAGAUUUCCAUUGCCGUUGUGUCUGUCGGUGUGAAGUAUGAGAUGUUUGUCAUAGGGUUCGAUGAAGACUUGCAGGUCUUGUUUCACUGUCGGCGGAGUUUUUCGAAGGUUAGAAUUUCCGAGUUGUUUGCGAAGUUGGAAGAUGGCGUCGACAGUUUUGGGGCAUCUGCGCCAAAUCCUCAGUCGACGACGAUGGGUGGUGCCUCCACGUCAAUGCCGGUGGUCGCACCUUCUGGUCCCAUCCACGAUCCUCCGUGUGUUGCGAUUGGUACUGGUAGUGUGCCUGUUGGUGUUCCCGAUUUUGACUAUGAGGUUGGACCGGAUCGUGUUGAAAAUGCCAUGCGAAAUGAUGAUUCAGCGGAUGAGCCGGUCAACAUUGUUGGUGACAGUGAGGAUGAUAUUCCGAGCACCACACAUACACCCCAAGGAGCACCGGGUUCCGGCACACAGCAAUAUCCUCCACACUUGUCAGCGUUGAUCUUGGAAGCCAUUGGCGAACAGCGAGAGAUGGGGGAGACGUAUGUGGGUCAGGGUUUGCAUGAUGUAACCGGUCUGACUGAAUUUCGUCUUGGCCAAUCUUUCCAGAGUAAGGAGGAAGCCGUGCUGAGUGUGAAGGAUUACAGCAUCCGGCGUGGAGUUGAGUACAAGGUGAUGGAAUCGGACACAUGCAUCGAUACAACCACGCCAACGCGGAAGAUCCCCAACUAUAACUCCCCAUGUCAUCAAGAUUCACCACAAAGGGCAACCACCGAAUAUGAACCCGGUUCGCACUCUUGUCCCCAAAUAACUGAGUGGAUAACAACAUCAUGA